AACAUUGACCCUCGGAGCGAUCCGGGCGGUAGGAAUAGAUUUUUUUCCCCCUUUUAUCAAAGUUUGGAUCAUAAGACCGAUUUACAUAGUCGAGAGGAAAAGGCCGGAAGAAAGAAAAGAGGAAGAGAGGAAAAGGAAAAGGUCAUUUGUUCUUUAAAUCGAGAUAACUUUACUGAAUGUCUUUAAACCUCACUUGGAGGCCAUUACCAAAGAUAAAUCCUCUCAACACCAGCGGACACGUGCAACAAUCUGCUAAGCAAACUUUAAGGAGUUGAUUGUUGAGAAUACUACCAAGCGACAACAUGUUAGCUGAAGAAGCAACAACUACAACAACUGCAACAACAACAACAACAACAACAGAAGGCUCUCCAUUGAAGCCAACCAGGAAGCUCUCUUCUGAAGCUCAAUGUAUUUCAAGAGUACUAAAAAACUGCAUCAGUCAAGUUGAGAUUACAAUAGCUCUAGGAAACAUCAUCCAGUUUUAUACUGUGUCAGGUGUUGAGGAUGAGGACUUGAGUAAUCUUCUUCAAGCACAUCAGGUAUUAGUGGAAAGACUGCUGAUGCUUGAAUGUCAGAAGCUAGAUGGGCUGAAAGACAAUCAAACAGAAGAAGUAAAGACGAGAGAGAUAGUUCAAGUUAGAGAGAAGAUAAAAAACUCAGUCAGAGAUGUGCUGAGAUUUUUCAGAGUCCAUCCAAAUGUUUUUUGGAGCUUAAGAGAAGAGAUUAAUAUGGAAGUAGACAAGAAUGAGCGCAUAUUAAUCAGAAUGCUUCAGAUGUUUCACUGCUAUGUGGAGAAAAGGUUGUGUGCUGAAAAUCAGCUGCGGGUACCUCAGAGACAACAGCCUUUGUUCCUCGACAAAACUAUGGAGCUACUGAGUUUAGAGGAAGAAGACUCGGCUUUAAUCUUGAAGAACUUAGAUCAAAUGAUCUUGCAGAAGGACUGUGAGAUAAAGAACCUGGAGAGAUAUUUUAAAGAGCAACAUAUGCAAGCUGAGCAUGAGUUGGCUCUCCAAGAGGAGCAGGAGAAGCUACAUUUGACUAUACUAAGUGCUGAGAAAAGGGAUCUCACAGAAAAAACAGAUCAACUGAACCAGGAGCUCCUCACCUUGAUGAGUGAAAACAGAAAGGCAGAGAGAAUUCUGCAGGAGGAAAAUGACGGUUUGAGGAGAGAAACUGAAAACAUUUUACAAACCUUUGACAAGGACAUGCAUGAAAUUCAGACCAAGCUGGAACUGAUGGAAGAGAAUUAUGAAAAGGAGCUGGAGGAGGUGAGGAAGCUGCAGGAACCCUAUUCUAUCCUAGAGGAGAAGUACAAUGAGAUCCAGGAGAAGAGGCGUCUGGUAGAAGAGAAGAGACAGGAGGAGCUGAGGAAGCUGAGGCAGAAGACCAAAGCUUCUAUUGUCAUCCAGUCUUAUUGGAGAGGGCACAUUGUCCGCAAGUCCUUGAAGGGCAAGACCAAGAAGGGCAAAAAGGGCAAAAAGGGGAAGGGCAAAGGCAAGGGCAAGGGCAAGAAAGGCAAAUAAACCAACCAGUUUCACACUAUCUGUAGUUGUUUGUAGUUUAUACUUUAUAUUGUUAGUUAUCACUCUUAAGUGACAACGUUUUGGUCAAAUUUCAAACGCUUAUGUUCCCAGUUUUGAGCUGAAAACACAGAAUUGCCACAAUUCCAUGUUUUAGAACUGUUGUUUUAUGAAACGGCCACAAGGUGGCAGCGCAGAUCUCCAUGUUCAGACUUAGCAGCGAUCAUAAUUGAAAGGAUUCGGGGUUACCCAUGGACAGCUGUGGGUUUGUGACCUUACAGGGCCGGCCACAUUUAUUGGCCAUGCAGGUAGUCAUAUGUAGAACGCCUUAAAUAUAGUUUAGCCUUUAUUGCAGAAUUAUAAUUUUACAUUUUUUUUCCACCAGUCUCUCCUUUUUGAUUUACUCAUAUCAAUCUCUGUUGCUGAAGAAGAAAACCAUGUGAAACAGAAAUCUAUUUGUUUUAGCUGCAGACCACAAGGCUGGAAGAGGAUCUAUAUUUAUCUUUUCAGCUAUCUGGGUUAUCAGAUUGGUAAGUGAAGUAAUAAAUUUCAAUAAUAAUAUAUAAAAAAAACCAAUCUACUGUAGUGUGAGAGAACUUCAUCAAAGAUUGUCAUCUUGUGGUCACCACAUCUCCAAAACAAAUCAUAGAUGCCAUUUACAUUUAAAGUGAUUGGGAGAAAUGUCACAAAAAAACCUUUCCUACCAUCACAAACAUAAAUGUAUGAAACUUCAUAACCUUUAUAUGGACUUGACUUGGAACUGGAAACUUUGGUUAGAUAAGACAUAACUAGCUUUUCUGCAACAAUAAUUGCAAGAGGAUUUUGUGUGAAACAAAAGAAGAAAACGUGGAAAGGCCCCUUCUACCCUUUGUUGAAUACAGAGGAAGAGCUAUGUUGCUGUGGACCUGUUUCUCACAUUCACAUUGCCUUAAGUCUUAGGCAUCAGAGCAUUUAUGGGGGAACUUUACUGCAAUAAUUGGAGAGCACACAUUUUCAGUCUGAAAGCAGGAUUUCAUGUUUUUUUGCUCUCAAAACCUUUAAUACUUUUGCUUACAGUUUUGUUUUGAAAGCAGGACUUCAUGUUUUUCUUCUCAAAAGAAAAACAUGAAGUUUUUUCUCAUGCUCAGACAUAGUCUCUGCUCGGACUCUGCUCGCUUACAAAACAUUUUCUGCUUGCUUCUGGAACAAAAUGCACGGUCGCCUGGCAACCUCUCAGCCAAUAGAAUGAAAGUGUUGUACUGGGUGCGUUUGUUUCCUUGUAGCGGGUGUGCUUGUGUGGCUACUAUCGAUUGUAGCAACCUGCGCCACCUACAGGUUGCACAUAUAUUUUAAUCUUAAUCUGUGUUUCAUUAGCUGUAAACUGUAAGGUCAUCAUAACAGAAAACAUCAGUCUGUGUGUAAUUAAUCAAUAUAGUGUGUUUCACUCAUGAAAUAAUAAACUUUUCGUUAAUAUUUUAAUGUA